UGACAGCCACCUUGGCCGGUCUCUCUUUGUAGUCUCUGUACUUCGCCUCUUCCUUCCCCUUCUUCUCAAAUGGAAGACGACGAUGACCAGAAGGAACUCCAGCUCCUGCCUGCUCCGCAUUCCACCGCUUCCUCGUCGAACGUGCCCUCCGCGCUGUCGGGUUCCUCGUCGAGGCGCCGGUCAGCCGCCUCCGAUCCGUACGAACUAGCCCCCUCCCUCGACCUGCAGCUCUCCAUCAGCCUCCGCCCGAUCCGCCCCCCUACUAACGGCUGCGCCGUCUCGGGGGGCCCCGCGCGUGAAUACGGCGGCCACGCCAAGCCGGAGACGAAUAACGUCAGGGCCUUGAAGUGGGAGGCGGCGGAGCAAAUCCGGCUCGCCGCCAUAGAGAAGGCGUACGCGGAGCGGGUGAGGGAGCUCACGAGGCGGGAGAUGGAGCUGGCGCAGUCGGAGUUCGCGCGGGCGAGGCACAUGUGGGAGAGGGCGAGGGAGGAGGUGGAUAGGGCGGAGCGGAUGAAGGAGCGGGCGACGAGGCAGAUCGACUCGGCCUGCAUGGAGAUCACCUGCCAGUCUUGUAGGCAAAGGUUCCGACCGGCUUGACGACGCCGCCGACCGGAGGCACGCUUCCUCGCCAUGAAAUGAUAUCCGUGCUGGCGAUGAGCGAUGACCUUGAUGAUGCCGCCUGAAGUUUUUCCAAUUCAGUGAAGUUGCUGUGUUUUUUCGCACUUCUUUUGCAGGUCUUUUGGUAUUGGAUUCUUGCAAUUCCCUCGUGAAAGUGGAAGCAGAAAAGACUGUCGAGGACAUAUAAAUAAUAGGUGGCAUGUUGAAAGCAUUACUGUCUGCACACCUUGGUCUGGGUAAAAGGCACUGAACCUCUGAUCGCUUCAAUUGUAAGACAUGAAUAUAAAAAAGGAGAGUGAUUUCUAAAUUCGCCUGCAAA